AUGGCAUCAAGCCUGGCCGUGGAGCCGACGUCCCCCCCAGUGACUGUGAUGAGCCCCACCGCGGCCGUAGCCACGGACACCGGCAAAACCACCCUCUCCACCGGAGUCACCAUGGAAGAGGUGCCGCGCGCCUUGAGCGCAGUAACCGUGACGGUCAUCGUGGUGGUGGUGCUGGUUUUCGGCGCAGCGGCGUACCUCAAGAUCAGGCACUCCUCCUACGGCAGGCUGUUGGAUGACCAUGACUACGGCUCCUGGGGCAACUACAACAACCCUCUCUAUGAUGACUCCUAG